CUAUUAAAUUAUAAAAUAAUCCGUCUCAGUCAGCAUCACUUUCUUCGACUCCACUUCCAUGGCAGAUCGGAACUCAAACUUCACCACCUCCCCCCAUUCCAUUGAUCUUCGAAGUGGUUUCUGUCCUCAGACGAAGAUUUUCCACAGCCUUCGUCCACCGCUCUCACUUCCACCAUUAUCUCACCCUCUCUCCGUCAUCCAACACGCCUUUUCUCUCCUUCAAUCAUCUCCUCCCCCUCCAAACUCCACCCUUCUCAUCGACUUCAACUCUGGCCUCCAUUUGUCCUACACCGUUUUCCUUCGUCAAAUUCGAAACCUCGCCUCGAAUCUUAAAUCUCUAACCUCCCUAUGCAAUGGCCAAGUCGCGUUUAUCCUCGCGCCGACUUCUCUCCAAAUCCCUGUGUUGUAUUUCGCUCUGUUAUCUCUCGGCGUCGUUCUCUCUCCGGCUAAUCCAACCAGCUCCGUUUCAGAAAUUUCUCAUCAGAUUCAACUCAGUAAACCGGUCAUUGCCUUCGCUACAUCCUCAACCGCCUCCAAGCUCCCUAAGCUUCGAUUCGGCACCGUUCUCAUCGAUUCGCCUCAUUUCCACUCUAUGUUGACCGAAACAAACGGAUCCGAUGGUAUCCCCAACAUUAAAAUUGAUCAAUCCGACUCCGCGGCGAUUCUUUACUCAUCAGGUACUACCGGACGAGUGAAAGGCGUGCUACUGAGUCAUCGGAACCUUAUUGCGGUGAACGCAGGGCCUAAUUCUCUUCAAUUGGAGAUCCAGGAAGGAGAAAUGGAACCGCAUCCGGUUGUUCUGUGUCCUUUGCCUUUGUUUCAUAUUUUCGGAUUCGUAAUGUUGGUUCGAGCGGUUUCACGAGGAGAUACGUUGGUUUUGAUGGAGAGAUUCGAAUUCGAAGGGAUGCUAAGAGCAGUGGAGAAGUACAGGGUUAAGUACAUUCCAGUUUCGCCGCCGCUAGUGGUGGCGAUGGCGAAAUCGGAACUGGUGGGGAAAUAUGAUCUGAGUUCUCUUCAAAUGUUGGGAUGCGGCGGCGCUCCGCUUGGGAAAGAAGUGAUCGAUAAAUUCCAUCAGAAAUUACCCGGCGUUGAAAUUGUCCAGGGAUAUGGCUUGACAGAGAGUACAGCAGGGGCAUCGAGAACUAUGGAUCCCGAGGAAAUUAGCAACACGAAAUCAGUAGGUCGCUUAUCUGGAAAUAUGGAAGCCAAGAUAGUGGAUCCUGCGUCUGGAGAUGCCUUACUUCCUAACCACAAAGGAGAGCUUUGGCUGCGAGGUCCAACGAUCAUGAAAGGUUAUGUCGGAGAUGACAAGGCAACUACUGAAACCUUGGAUCCAGAUGGAUGGCUAAAAACUGGUGAUCUUUGCUAUUUUGAUUCAGAUGGAUUCCUCUACAUUGUUGAUAGAUUAAAAGAAUUGAUCAAGUACAAGGCUUAUCAGGUCCCACCAGCAGAAUUGGAACAUUUGCUUCAAUCAAACCCCGAAAUUAUUGAUGCUGCCGUGAUACCAUAUCCUGAUGAAGAAGCUGGAGAGAUUCCUAUGGCUUAUGUUGUUAGAAAGCCUGGGAGUAACAUGUCUGAGGCUCAAGUUAUUGAUUUCAUUGCAAAACAGGUUGCGCCGUACAAGAAAAUUCGACGAGUCUCUUUUAUCGACGCAAUCCCUAAAUCGCCUGCAGGUAAGAUUCUGAGGAGAGAGCUUGCCAAGCAUGCUUUAUCACAUGGUUCUAGUAAGUUGUAAGAAAUAAAUGUUUCCAUGAAAAUGUACGUAUAGUUUAAGCAACUUAGAUCCAUUAAUCACUAAAAAUGAAAUGGUUACGAAUCGAGUAAACAUGGGUGAACAGUUCUGAUUUUAAUUUAAAGAAGUUUGUUUGACUGUACAUGAAACACUCCUAUGAAAAUGAAAGUAUGUCAAGAAUUUGUUGUGUAUGGUAUAUUAUGAAUAUUGAUUUUGAAUAGACAUACCUUUUAUUUUCUUCGA